AUGGCUUCGGUACAACGUAAGCAUGGAGAUAACAAACAAAGACAGAAUACAAAGAAAAAUACAAUUUCUGGUCUUCCGAAAGAAACAUCUGAACUAUCAACAUUUGAUAAAUUAAUGUUGUAUUUAACAAAAACACAUCCUGAUUAUUCAAAAUCUGAUUUUGCUGAAGCUUUAUAUGCUUAUCGAAAUGAACAACAAACAUUAGCUGGAUUAUCUUUAACACAGAUUGAAGAAGGUGUUUUAAAUAUUGUUCGAAAUAAACAUCCAACAAAACAAGUUGAUAAUAACACUAUUCAAAUUGAAGAGUCGGUACAAGAUAAAAGUGAACAAUCUGUUGCUGCUGCUCUUUGGAGUACAUUCAAGCGUUAUCGUGAACGUGAACAAUCAUCAAAAAAAUUCGACAAAAAUAAUGAAGAUCAAUGUCUUAUUUGUCUUGAAAAUUUAAGUUCAAAUAAAACAGAAACAUUUUCAUGUCAGCAUACAUUUCAUCGAAAUUGUCUUGAAGAAUGGUUUAAAAUUGAACGAACAUGUCCUCUUUGUCGACAAGGAAAUGAUAAUGUUGAUCGUCGACGACGACGACAAACAAUAGACGAUGGUAAACGUAAUGCAGAUAUCCCUUCAAGAAAUCCAGACAGAUUAGUAUCUUCAAAAAAUAUCCAAUUUAAUCCGAAUAAUCAACAACAAUCAUCUCAAGGACAACAGGAACAACAACCAAGUCGUCCUCGAGGUUUUUAUCAUAGUCCAGAAUUUAAACCACCAUCAUUUUCAGGUGAAAAACCAGCGGGUUGGUUUGAUACAAAAUAUCCAUAUUGGGUCUCAAAUCAAGAUGGUCAAUCAGAUAAAAAUAAUAUAAUUGAUGGAAAAAAUGCAGCACCAAGCAGUCUUCAAGGCAAAGGUAAUUUACCGAGAAGAGAAGAUGGUGGCGCUUUUUUUCUUCAAAAAGCAGCUAAACAUUAUUAUGGUAAAGGUGAAAAAGCAUUUAAUAUCGCUGCAUUGAAUGCUCAACAGAGACGUGGAUCUAUGUGUACCAAUACGCAAAAUUUUAAUGGGUAUACAUUUAAUAAAUUUCCGUGUCCAUUACCACCUGGUACAGGUAUGAAUCAACUCGAUCAAUAUUGUUGCGGACCGGUAAAUUCUCAAUAUUGUUGCAAUGUUCAAGAAUAUAAUCAAGAUCAGGCUGGUGGAUAUGGCAAUAAUGUAUACAAUAGUAACCAACGGCAUGGCAAAACUUUACAUUAUUCACCAAGAACAAAUCGAACUCUUGCUAUUGUUUUACCUAUUGUUGGUCUUCUUGUUUUGGCAGGAGCAGGAAUUAUUGUAUUUUUAUAUUAUAAAAAACUUCAAACUGAACAAGUUACAGAUGGAAAAUCAACUGGUGCUAAUUAUUCAGCUGUUCUACAAGAUCCACCAUCGGAUAAACCUGCAGUUCCAAAACGUGGAGAACAAAAAACAACUGUUCAAACUUAA